CCCAUUAUUCCAACUCUUCUCUCUUAUCCUCUUCUCUUCUCUUCUCUUCUCUUCUCUCUUGGAUGAUCCUUACUUCAACUCCUCUAUCCCUGUUUCAUAUACUUAAACCUUAUUCCUAUUUCUAUUUCUAUAUAUAUAUAUAUAUAUAAUUUGGUGAAAGCUUGAGGAAGUAGAAGUAGUAGCCAUGGGGACAGAAGUGUCUCCAAAUGAAACUUAUAACAGUGAUAGCCAGAGGAAGGAGAAGACGAUAGACGAGUGGUUGCCGAUAACAUCAUCGAGAAAUGCAAAAUGGUGGUACUCCGCCUUCCACAACGUCACGGCCAUGGUCGGAGCCGGCGUGCUCAGCCUACCUUACGCUAUGUCCGAACUCGGAUGGGGUCCUGGCAUAACCAUACUAAUCCUGUCAUGGAUCAUCACACUCUACACACUAUGGCAAAUGGUCGAGAUGCACGAAAUGGUACCUGGAAAACGUUUCGACCGAUAUCAUGAACUUGGACAACAUGCAUUUGGCGAGAAACUUGGCCUCUGGAUCGUUGUCCCACAACAGCUAAUCGUCGAGGUUGGAACGAACAUUAUCUACAUGGUUACCGGCGGAAAAUCUUUGAAGAAGUUCCAUGAUGUUGUUUGCCCAGACUGCAAGAAUAUCAAGCUCACAUACUUCAUCAUGAUCUUCGCCUCUGUGCAUUUCGUACUUUCUCAGCUCCCCAACUUCAACUCCAUCUCUGGAGUUUCCUUAGCAGCUGCAGUUAUGUCUCUCAGUUACUCAACCAUAGCAUGGGGAGCAUCUGUGGACAAAGGAAAGCAACCGGGAGUUGAAUAUGGAUACCGGGCAUCAAGCACUGCAGGCACAGUGUUCAACUUCUUCAGUGCACUAGGAGCUGUUGCCUUUGCAUAUGCAGGUCACAAUGUGGUCCUAGAGAUCCAAGCAAACAUACCGUCGACACCCGAAAAACCAUCAAAGAAGCCGAUGUGGAGGGGUGUUGUUGUUGCCUAUAUCAUUGUCGCCAUAUGCUAUUUCCCCGUCGCGUUUGUCGGGUACUGGGCGUUCGGGAAUUCAGUCUCUGAUGAUGUCCUAAUCACUCUGGAGAAACCCAGGUGGUUGAUUGCCAUGGCCAACAUGAUGGUUGUCAUUCAUGUCAUUGGGGGCUACCAGAUAUACGCUAUGCCGGUUUUUGACAUGAUGGAAACAAUACUUGUCAAGAAACUUCAUUUCACACCUAGUCUAACCCUUCGACUAAUUGCUCGCAGUCUAUAUGUUGCCUUUACAAUGUUCAUGGGUAUAACAUUCCCAUUCUUCAGCGAACUUCUUGGAUUCUUCGGUGGAUUUGCAUUUGCUCCUACAACAUACUUUCUCCCCUGCGUCAUGUGGCUUGCUAUCUACAAACCUCGGCGGGGCAGUUUAUCUUGGAUUUCAAACUGGAUUUGCAUCAUUCUGGGACUCUGUUUGAUGAUUCUAUCACCUAUCGGAGGACUUCGCCAGAUCAUUAUCAAGGCAAAGACUUAUACGUUCUACUCAUAAGUAUCAAACCGAAUCGAACAUGCAUCUCAAUCAGUUAAUGACCAUUGGAUUGGUGCCACAUUUUGAAUUUAUGGCUGGUAAGUGGGGGAGAUAUUUUAUGAUUUUCUUAGCGAGGGCCAAUAGCCUCGCAUCGAGAAUACAGUGAAAUUCAGCGGUUAUUUCGACUAAAAGCUCUUGUAAUUUAUGGCUUGCCUAUGCAAUAAAGAUGAAACUAUCAUGUAAAACAUUAUGCUAGUUGUUUGUAUUACAAAUUUCUCAUUCAUUAAUAAGCAUGAUUUAUUUUCCUGUACUCAAACCAAGAUCACCUACAUGUUUGAAGACAUAGGACAAAGCAUUGAAACAAAACGACUAAAAAAAAGUCAUAAAAUUUUAUUUAGGAUUACCAUCCUCAUUAUCCAAGCUAAAAACAGACAGCCAACACUAAGUUCAUCAAAAUUCUGAGCUAAAAAAAGAGCCCAAAAUGCAUUAACACCACUCACAAGAAUCAAGGACAACUGCUUGAAUGAAAACUUGCAUAAUGGGUUGAAUUCUCUGGGCUUACAUCAC